GUGAAGCUUAAGCAACCUCACCUCCAUUUGAUACACCACCACUUACCUCCCAUCACCUCCGCUAUCACCUCGAACUUUCCGAUAAUUUGGCCCGCGUGCUCUGUUUGAUUUCCCCUUUCACUACUCACACACCGAUCACUCCGCCGUCACCAUGGCAGGCUUCGACUUCACCAACUACAACCGUAACGCGGCUCUGCACGCCAAGGGCGUGCCACUCCCCAAGGCCACCAGCACAGGUACCACGAUCGUUGGUUGUAUAUUCGACAAUGGAGUUGUGAUUGCGGCAGAUACCAGAGCGACCAGCGGACCGAUUGUUGCGGAUAAGAACUGCGAGAAGCUACACUACAUCUCCCCGAAGAUCUGGUGUGCCGGUGCCGGUACUGCGGCCGACACGGAAUUCACGACCGCGCUCAUCAGCUCGAACGUCGAGCUUCACGCUCUCUCCACUGGCCGUCCUCCGCGAGUUAUCACCUGCAUGACCAUGCUUAAGCAAUGGUUGUUCCGCCAUCAAGGGCACAUAGGAGCUUACCUCGUAGUGGCGGGAACCGACGUUUCGGGGCCGGGACUUUACACAGUGCACGCGCACGGUUCGACAGACAAAUUGCCGUACGUGACCAUGGGCUCCGGCUCGCUGGCCGCGAUGUCGGUGUUCGAGUCGAUGUGGAAGGCGCAGCUGAACCGCGAGGAGGCGGUGGCGCUGUGCGCCGAGGCCAUCAAGGCCGGUAUCUUCAACGAUCUCGGGUCUGGUAGCAACGUCGACGUGUGCGUCAUCGAGAACGACAAGCCCACUCAGCUGCUGCGCAACUACCUCAGGCCCAACGAGCGCGGCCAGAAGGAGCGCAACUACCGCUUCCCCAAGGGCACGACCGCCUACCUCAACCAGAAGAUCAUCAGCAAGGAGGACAUGCGGAAGUACGUCACCGUCGAGGAGGCCUCCGGGGACCCCAACUUGAUGGAGGUGGACAUGUAGGAGGAGAACAUGGGCGGGUGUCGUUUAGAGGCGACUAUGUAAUCCCUUUAUAGUAUCGGCAGAAUUCAUGUCUUUCCAUUCUGUACCCAAGUCGCGCACGAAUAAAGUUUCAGAUGGAUCAAUGAAAG